AUGGUUGAUCUUGCAUCCUUGGCUACCGGUGUUAUUUUUAAUCCAAAUUUACAGAACACUAAUGAUUUUAAUGCAAAACAACUGGAAAAUGAUGAGAAAAUAGUGCUAAAGUCGGGUGAUGUGGAUUAUCUAAUUUACACAUUGGAUGGAAUUGUGUGUGGUGGAGCAGAUGGUCGAUUGAGCACUAUACAACAAAUGGCUCUUGCACAAAUUUACUUUUUGGAUGAAGAGGUGUUUGUCGCCCUUAAAAGUGAUCACAAUGCCAUACUCUACAUUACUGCGUGUCCAAGUUACCAGAAUUUUGCAAUUCUUCGCAAAUCGGGUCUGGUUCAAAUUUUUCAGCGUGACGUAAGCAAAGAAGUGAACCCAUCCCUUCUUCUCCAGCCAAUAAAGGAGGUGAGGACGAAUGUGUCACCUUUUAAUGGUAUAUGUGGGAUGAAUAUUGAGGAUGACACCUACUUUGUGGUGACUUGUAUGAGGGUUAUUCCUGGAUUGCCGCUGGCUGCGGUUGGUCUCCAAAAUGGUUCGAUGUGUGUUGUCUACUGGGUGGAUCGUCGUACGCCUCGAAUCAUGGCAACACGCCAAAUCUUCCAGUCAGCUAUUGAAGAAAUGUAG